GGGCAGAGGGACAACAAGGGAGUGGGGAGGGCAGAAGGAUAAAAAGGUACAGACACUUCAGAGAUGUGUGAGUUAUAAUUAAAAGUGCCAGAAGAAAGGCAGAGAAAGGGGGAGAAAGAGAGCUAUAGGGAAGGGAAAGGUGCUCAGAUACUGAGUCAGCCUUAAGGAAGGCAAACACCAGAAGACAAGUUCAGGGAAUACCUCAAUAUACCAAGAAGGACCUGUUCUGUCUGAAUCUUCACCAUGAGCACAAGGAAGGGCUGCCCUCUGCCACUGGAACAAGGAGACCGGGAGGAAAAGCAUAGUGAGGGUACUUCUGACCUGGAGCGACAGGAGUGUGAGGUGGAGCUGAGGAACAAAGCUAUUCUGCAGCAGAAGAGGCGCCUUAAACAGGCUACCCAGUUUGUGCACAAGGACUCUGCUGACCUGCUGCCCCUGGAUGGCUUGACAAGGCUUGGCACCUCCAAGGAUCUGCAGCCACAUAGUGUGGUCCAGCGGCGGCUCCUGGAAGGCAACCUGAACAAGCUGCGGGGCGAGACCAGGGUUCAGUCUGCAUGGGUUCAAUCUCCACUGGCAAAAGACCAUGAAGAAAAGAUGGAAAAGAGAGAGGAUAAGAGAAAAGAGACUUCAUCCCUGCUAAUACAGUGCCAGUGCCAAGGUCAGGUAUUGAAAGCGACUGUUAACACUGGGUGUCUACCAAAUUUCAUCUCCAAGAGCUGCUUAAACCAGCUGGGGCUGGAAGAAGUGUCUGCCAUGGACUGUGGAGACCUCUCUCUACCCAUCCCCAGCGUUGUUGGCCGAGUAGAACAUAUGGAGUUGCAAUUUGGCCAGGAAACAGUGCUGUGUUCAGCACUAGUUGUAGAUGACGAAAUGCUGGAGUUUUGCAUUGGUCUCCAGACUCUGUUGUCUCUCAAGUGUUGCAUCGACUUGGAGGAAGGAGUCCUGAGAUUUAAAGCACUGGGUCAAGAGCUGCCUUUUCUACAUGCUUCUGAAGAGCCUGGUCAGUGACUGGCUGCAUUCCCCAUGUACGGGGCUGAGGAGACUUGCUGCCCUCAGAGAGAGAUGAGGGUGAGGCUCAUAUGCCCCUGACUGCUAAGUUCUAGGCUGAGGCGUUCUAGGCUGAGGCAUUCUAGGCUGGGGAGUAAGACAAAGGCAAAUGGGUGCUGGAAACUCUUGUUGCUAGGAGUGCCUCAUCUUGAGCGAUAAUGCUCCAUUCAGUGGACCCUCCUGUUUGACCCAU